AUGCCCCGUCUCGCCCAGCUCGCCAACCUCACCCGCUCCGUGCCCGUCACCGGCUACAAGCACUUUGUCACCCCAUUGCGCCGCCUUGUCAUCGACUAUGACGUUGACGCUCCUGGACAGAAGGGCGUGAGGACAUACCUUGGCCACCCCCUCGUCGCGCUCGCCCGCGAGAACCCCGACGUCGAGGUCGUCGUGCGCAAGAUGAAGCGCGGCACCGCCGCCGUCCUCCGCGGCCACUACACCAACGGCCGUGACAAGGUCAUCUGCGUCAACAACCUCGAGGCCACCCAGGUCGCGGCCAAGGUCCAGAUCCUGCUGAACGCGUCCGGCGCCAAGCUCAAGAGCCUCAAGAACCUCACUGUGGAGGCUGCGCCUGGUAACGAGGCGGCUCGUGGUGUCUGGUCGGCCAUCCACGACCAGACCAACACUGGCGGUUACAGGAUAUAA